AUGGCCCUUUGCUCUGCAGUGGAGCAGGACCGGGACAUGUUCUCUCCGAAGCCGUACUGGAAGGAGUUCAGGUUCGACCUGACCCAGGUGCCCGCGGGCGAGUCCGUCACGGCCGCCGAGUUCCGCAUCUACAAAGCCCGGGGGACGUCCCGGCAUGGCAACAACAGCCUGCACAUCAGCAUCUACGAGGUGGCUGCAGGGCACUCCAACAGGGAAUCUGACCUGUUCCUGCUGGAUGUCCAGGACCUGCGUGCCGGGACAGAGGGUUGGCUGGUGUUUGACGUCACAGCUGCCAGCAACCACUGGUUACUGGAUCAGAAAUACAACCUGGGGCUGAGGCUCUACGUGGAGACAGAUGAUGGGCACAGCGUCGAUCCGGGCUCGGCGGGGCUGUUGGGGCGCCGGGGGCCCCGCUCCAAGCAGCCCUUCAUGGUGACUUUUUUCCGGGCGAGUCCCAGCCCUGCCCGUGUCACACGAGCGGCCAAACCCCCGAGGAGGCGGCAGCCCAAGAAGACCAACGACCUCCCACAUCCAAACAAGCUCCCGGGAAUUUUUGAUGACGUCCACGCCGCGGACAGGCGGCAGGUCUGCCGGCGCCACGAGCUCUACGUCAGCUUUCAGGACCUCGGCUGGCUGGACUGGGUGAUCGCUCCGCAGGGAUACUCAGCCUAUUACUGCGAGGGGGAGUGUGCCUUCCCCCUGGACUCCUGCAUGAACGCCACCAACCACGCCAUCCUGCAGUCCCUGGUCCACCUGAUGAAGCCUGAGGCCGUGCCCAAGGCGUGCUGUGCCCCCACCAAGCUCAGUGCCACCUCUGUCCUCUACUACGACAGCAACAACAACGUCAUCCUCAAGAAGCAUCGCAACAUGGUGGUGAAAUCGUGUGGCUGCCACUGAUGGACAGGUCCCAUCCCCAUCCCUGAACAUCCCAUCCCCACCUCUGAAUGCCCCAUCCUCAAACAUCCCAUCCCAACCCCAUCCCUGAACAUCCCAUCUCCAUCCCUGAACGUCCCAUCCCACCCCCACCAGAGCAAUGUGACACUGGGUUUCUGCUGCGUGUGUGGAAGAGGAGUUUCAUGGGCUGCAUCAGAGCCAGAAGUCCAUUAAUAAUAAUAAUAAUAAUAAAUAAUAAAAAUAAAUCCCUCCCACCCCUUCCUAGAAGUGGAUGUAAAUAAUAUAAAACUUCUAUUCUCUUACCCUGCUUAAUGAGACACAUAGAUAUAUACAAGCAUAUAUAUAUAUAUAGGAAAGAGAGGAUUUGUGGCUGGUUCUGUGUCUGGUUUGUCUGUGGCUGAUGUGUUUUCCCCUCAUGCUGCUGCAGUCUCUGGUGGAAGCAGUUUGGGCUUAAGGGUAACUAGGACAAGGGAGGCAGCAUCUGAGUUGCUCUGGGAUUGAGCUGUUUCUAGCUGUGUAUUUCUAACUAACCCACCUCUACCCAGUGCUUUUAAUUCCCUUAAUGAAAAUAUCAUCAGCCAAUUAAGUAGCUGGCUGACUAACCCGCUCCUGUUUACCUAAAGUUCACCAAACU